UUAUUUGAUGUUUAAAAACUGAAAAAAGUUGAAAAUUGUUUAAUAAUACCUUGUUCUUAAAAAGUUUGUAUUGAUAUUCUUAUUAAUGUUAUUAUAUCUAAUGGUGUCUACUCAAAAGCCAUGUAUUUAAUGCUGCUGUUGACUUCAAUCAUAAUAAUCUAACAAAUUAUUUUGAUCUCCUUACAUUUUAAAAUUGUAUUACUUACGGAAAGGCUGUAAAUUUAUUAUGAAUACAAUCAGCAAGUAUGUGCAGUAUCUGCGACAAAUACAUAUAUUAUCAUCAAAUACUUUUUGGCAUCAGUAUACAAUUAAACAAAAACACCAGUUUUCAACAACUAUCAAUUCAACAUUUUUAAAUUUUUCUUCAAAUUUUAUUAAAAUAAGACAUUUAUCAAAUACUUUUAGUCAAUUGGGUUUAUCUGACACAGUUACUACUAAUGAUAUUUUAAUAACUAGUAUUAAGAAUGCAAAACAAACAAGUGAUGUACUACAAAUGUUACGGCUUCACAGCACUGCAAUGAAUGCUCAACAACAUUUACAAGCAUUAAACUCUUUGUUUUUACUGCAGAAAAGUAAAAGAACAAAUUUAUCUAAGGAAGAACUAACUCGUAGCCCAGAAUUUACUGCAAUGUGUCAUAAAAUUCAAAAUUAUUCAAGAAAUCUUGAGCUAAAUGAUGUUAUGAAUAGUGUCAAGUACUUAUCUUAUUUGGGUGUAUCUGUUAACAGUAAUAUAAUGCAAAUGUUAUUACAGUUAAUUAGUAAAAUGAUAAAUGAUAUGUCUUUACAACAAAUCACUUUUUUACAUUUUUUAUUAAGAGAAUUAUCAUCAUGCCCUUUAGUUGAUGCUUUAAAGCUUGCACUACCGAUUGUUUUCGAAACACAAGUACAAUACAAACUAGAAGAUAAUCUAUACUGGCAAGUGGAAUUUCUCAAUUAUAUAGCUAAACAUAAAUUGUCUCAAGAAACAUAUGAUUUUGUUAUGUCAAGAAUUAUAAAAAAUAUUGAUCAGAUUAGUCCUAAAAUUGUACAACAAUUAUUACUUUGUUUAUACUACAAAAAUUAUUCAACUGAAAAAUAUAUUGAUAUAAUUAACAGAUGUUUACAAUAUUAUAUGAAUCAUCUAGAAUACAUUGCUGGUAUUUCAGACAUUGGCGCUAUUUUGUCAAGAAUGAUAUAUAAGUACUCCACAGAAUCUGAGUUGUUUUAUAAUGAACAAUUUAUUAAUAAAAUUGUGGAAUUCAUAAUAAAAAAUGAAGAUAAUUUUGAAAAUUUGGGAUUCUUAUUAAAAAAAUUAAAUAGAAUUGGAUAUGUUCACCGUGGUUUACUUGAUUAUAUGACAAAUAAACUAACCAGUAAACAAGAUAUUUUAGAAAAUAUAAAAUUUGGAGUAUUAUUAUCUUAUAUUGCAGCAUGUGCUAAUGCAAAUUAUGUUCCACCAGGUUUUGAUGAAUUAAAACCACUUAUACUGACAAGACUUAACGUUCAAAAAGAUGUUUUAGAAUUACCAUGGUUAGUAGCAACAUUUGACUUGGCUGUUUUGGACGUUUGGUCAGAAGAACUGUUAGAAAGAGUAUUUUCUAGAGAUUUUCUUUAUGGGUUCUUGAAACGAAGUGAUAAUAUACAUGAUUAUAUUAUGCUGCUUAAACUGUACCAGGCUUCAACAACUUUAUACCCUGGAGGUUAUAAAGGAUCAUUACCACCGCAGGAAAUUAUUGAAAAAUCUAUUAAAAUUUAUCAACAUAAUAUCAUUGAUUUUCCACUAAAAGCUGCCUUAGAACAUGGUUUGGGCGGAAGUGAUUAUGUUCUAACAGGGGUUAGAAGCAAAUUAGGACAUUUCAUUGAUUAUUUAGUGGUGAUGAGACCAGGUGGAUAUCCUGUUGCCAUUAAAAAUAAGAUCAAAGAUUCUAAAUCAUUGUUGCUGGAAAACAUUGUUGGUGUUAGUGACAAUUUUGCGAUUGCCAUAUUACUUUACAAACCAAACAGUUAUGUCAUCAAUUUAAAUUGUUUAAGAGGUCCGCACAUGCUAACAAUUAAAACAAUUGAAGCUCUGGGCUUAAUAGUUUUACCUGUAUCAUUAGAUGUUUGGGAUGGCCUUAUUGACUAUGAAAAGAUACCAUAUAUCAUGAGAGAGUUAAAAUCAAAGGCUGAUCUAAAUUUAACUAUAAAUUAGUGUUGUGCAUUGUGUAUAUUUUAUAUGUAUGUACAAGUAUAACAAUUUAUUUAUUA